GUUUCCAUUAAAAAAUUUGGCGAUGAGUAAAUGUGAACGAAAAGAGUGUGAGACCAGAGUUUUGCUACGGAUUCGAUUAUAGAAUUCAUUCUGAAAUUUUGACAAAUUUUGAAAUUUCUGACUGAAAAUGUUCCAUAGUAACGAGAAAAAUUAUAAUUAUUAUUAUUAUUAUUUUCACCGGCAAUUGUUCUCAUUUCUUUAAUUAAUUUGAUGACAAACCGUUUAAACAUCACACCCAUUUUUUUGCAAUCAUCUGAUUGGCUGACAUCUAAAAGACCGCGCGUUUUGACCAAUCACAUUCAAGUCCCGCCUUAUUUGUUUGCAUGCGUACUACUUUCGCGCAGUUCACUUGUUUUAUUUUAUCCGUUAGCUUCGAUAUUUGAUUUUAUGUUCGACAAAAACGUUAGUGACCUUAGUCGUUGUUCUUUGUUUCAUUCAAUUGUUAAUUGAAGAUUUGUGGAGGAAGAAAAUCUUCUUUCAUUUAUUUUUAACCCUAAAAGAGUCUUUGUGUGUGGCUUUUGAAACCAGUAUAAACCAGUUAAAAACCAAAAUGACUUCCACUAAUGUUUUUCGGGGAAUGGACGGAGGUCGCAGUUCAAGCCGAGUUUUGAAGCCUCCAGGUGGUGGACAUACCGACGUUUUGGGGUUAUCAGUCCCACCUGAGAAACCCCAAGAGAAGAAAUUCAAUCGUAGAAACGCCUCUUCCAUUAUUGAAGGCACAAAUGAACCAAAACCAGUUGUUGAAAAGGUGGAAGAGAAGCCUGUUCAAAAAGUUGAAGAAAAACCUGUUCAAAAAGAGGAAGAAAAACCUAUUCAAAAGGAGGAAGAAAAACCCAAAGAACCGGUAAAACAAGCUACUGACGAUGCUCCAAAGGCCGCCUCUGCACCACCGCCGCAAAAUAACACAAAUUCACGCGGACGUGUACCCCCAGGGGGCUUCUCAUCCGGCGCUUUUUGGUAAACUAUGACUGAUCGAAUGACCACUUAUUUACAAAUAUGUGACUUUGUGCAACAGUAUUUAUAAUAAAUAGUCUCUUUUUGAAUAA